AUGAGCUCAUCCACCGUUUCCGUUUCGGCUGCAACGCCAACACAACAUCCUUUCCAAAGGAAGAUUGAUGAUGUCAAACCCUCUAAGACUGACAUAAACUUUGUCGUCAUGGACUAUCUGGUCAGCGAAGGUUACCCCCGAGCUGCAGAGAAGUUCGCCAAAGAAGCGAACAUCCACCUUCCUCUCGAAGAGGAGUCCAUCCAGUCUCGCGUAGAAAUACGGCAGGCUAUUCACGCUGGCGACAUUGAUACUGCCGUCACCAAGAUCAACGAUCUGAACCCCCAGAUCCUUGACACAGACGCUGCACUUCACUUUGCACUACUCCGUCUGCAGCUUAUCGAGCUUAUCCGGUCGUGCACGUCAUCAGCAACGUCCGAUGUUACCCCCGCGUUGAGCUUUGCUUCAUCGCAACUCGCUCCUCGCGCGGCUACCAACCCGGACUUCUUGAAGGACCUUGAGCUCACCAUGACGUUACUCAUCUUCCUCCCGGUAACCGGGAAGCUGCAGAAGGAGCUCGCUGAGCUACUCGAACCAUCACUUCGUCGCGACGUUGCCAGCAGGGUCAACGAAGCGAUUCUCAUGAGCAUGGGAGCUCGCGGAGAGGCGCGCCUGAGGAGCCUGGUGCGCCUGCGCCAGUGGGCUGAAGCAAAGGCCAGAGAGGCCAACAAGGACAUCCCACCUAUCAUGCCACUUGGCCUGCAAGACGCUGAAGAUAGACCCAUGAGUCACAACGGCGAGGGUGCAGAUGUUAUGGUUCAAUAG